AGUACCUCCUUUACUCCUAUAAAUACAUAGAUUAAGCUCAUUUCUCUUCAGCAACAAGCUGCUUGUCGGCCUGCAACAUUUUUCCUCCAUCCCCACUUCCUCUUUCCGAUAAAACAUAAACAUCUUUCCUUUCUUGGCCGGUCGUUUCUGUCUACAUAUGGGGGGCCCUUCACCAUGUGCUUCAUGCAAGUUGUUGAGACGCCGCUGCGCCAAGGACUGCAUCUUUGCUCCUUACUUCCCUUCUGAUGACCCUCACAAGUUUGCCAUUGUUCACAAGGUUUUUGGUGCUAGCAAUGUCAGCAAAAUGUUGCAGGAGCUCCCAAUUCAUCAGAGGGGAGAUGCAGUGAGCAGUUUAGUUUAUGAAGCAAAUGCAAGAGUAAGAGACCCUGUUUACGGGUGUGCGGGGGCUAUUUCUUACCUACAGAAUGAAGUAUCAAAGUUGGAAAUGCAGCUUGCAGUGGCUCAAGCAGAGAUACUUUGCAUCCAGAUGCAGCAACAGCCAAAUUACUUACCAACAAACCAUAUAGACGUCCAAGCUGGCGAGAAGUCGCAUCUUUUAUCCGCCGACUUCAAUAACAAUAUGUCCCAAUACCUUGGCUUUCCUUCCUCUAGCAAUGUAAUUCAAGACCCUCUUAAGAGAGAGUCUCUUUGGACUUAAACUCCUGAUCCUCAUCAUCACCUUUUUAUGAAAUGCCAAACCCUUCCUUCAAUUCAUGUUUCUUUUGUCUUCUCUCUGAUCUCUCCCCGGUCUA